UGAUGAAAUUAAUAUCUCUUAUCUGUCUCUGUCGUCUGAUCUGCUGCUCUCACCUUUCCCCUUCGCCAACAACUCCAUCUCAUCUGUCUUCAUAUUUCUUGAUUGCUAAUGGGCAGAUCUCCUUGCUGCGAUAAACUAGGGCUCAAGAAAGGGCCAUGGACACCAGAAGAAGAUCACAAACUUUUGGCUUACAUCCAAGAACACGGCCAUGGUAGCUGGCGUGCCUUGCCUCCCAAAGCCGGCCUGCAAAGAUGUGGGAAGAGUUGCAGGCUGAGAUGGACCAACUAUCUGAGGCCUGAUAUCAAGAGGGGAAAGUUCAGCUUACAAGAAGAACAAAGCAUCAUUCAACUCCAUGCUCUUCUAGGAAACAGGUGGUCGGCCAUAGCCACUCAUUUGCCGAAAAGAACGGAUAACGAGAUCAAGAAUUACUGGAAUACCCAUCUCAAGAAGCGCCUGGCCAAAAUGGGCAUUGACCCGGUAACCCACAAACCCAAAAAUGACGUCACCUUGUUCCCCCGUGACGCCGCCGCCGCCACCCUGAGCCACAUGGCUCAGUGGGAGAGCGCCCGCCUCGAAGCCGAAACCCGGCUGGCGCGCCGAUCCACCCUCGCUUGUUCUGAAAAUGUGGCGCAAAUUUCAACCGCCGCCGCAAAAAUCGGAAACUCGUCGGCGUCGGAUUUUCACGGCGGGAUUUUCCCGGAUAAUGCGGCGUGGACUACGGAAGAUUCUGUUAGGACGGCAAACACACAGCACAUUCCUACGCCUACUGGUAAUUUUGUGGACACAUUCACCGACCUAUUGCUGAGCAGAGCUUCGGGCGACCGGAGGUUCUGCGACGGUGGGAGUACGGACUCCAUUAAUGGCGGCGGAAGCAACUACUACGAAGAUAAUAAGAACUACUGGAAUAGUAUACUUAACUUGGUGAAUUCUUCACCGUCGGAUUCGCCCAUGUUUUAAUUGCUUAAUCUAAUCUCUAAGAUGAUAAUACUAGUCCAUUACCUAGAAUUUGGGUGCGUUGUGUGUACGUAGAAGAAGAAAAGAAGAAAGAAAACUCAUACUCCGUAAUUAGUUGUUUACGUCCGUACAAGACUUUACAAGGUGUUUGCUUGGCUAUAAUUUAAAUUCUUUUCUAAUGAAAUUUAAUACUCAUCAAAAUUAUAUUGUAUGGUUACAGAAAA